AUGUACGACCCCAAUUCAAGUCCAUGGGCUAAAUCUCAGCAGCGAAAAGAUAGGCAAGAAAAACUCCGUUACUUUCUCAUAGCUCUGGCUUCAGUAUCAGUUCUGCUCACAAUUGACCUGUUUUACGUAUCUCCGAGCGAAUCUUCCUUAUUUGGCACAUCUUUUCUAGCACCUCUUACAUUGAUAUGUAUAGCCUUCACCGGAAUAGUCGCUUAUAUGUAUGUGCAAGAAGAUUUCGAAGUCUACAAGCUAACCCGCGAUGAUUUGCCUGCAGAUUCUCGCAAACGAUAUUUAGAAAAAAGCAAAGAAACAUUGAGAAAAGCGGGAAUAGCAUCUUCAAAAAGCAAAGUCACCUCUUUUUCACAUGAUUUUCCUAGUAUGGCUACGCCACUCCAUCAAAGUUACACAGCUCAAGUAAAACCGUCCACAAGUCCUCAGCUGAACUUAAACCUCCGGGCUUUUGAUAGUGUUGAUGAUCUUGCUGAGUCUUUCUUGGCAAAUAAAGGGCUAGACAAGAAAAUAAGAACCUGGAUGCAGAAUAUUAGGCUGUGGUAUUCCAAAGAUUUCUUAAGACUGGUCUUGGAAAGCCACUUACUUCCCCUCUUGGUGGCAAAGCAUUGGAAAAAUCCUCAAUUUUUGGGUAAAGAAAUGUUUUAUUAUAAGUAGUAACUCUUAUAAUGAAAUCUGUAUAUAUAAAUAAUACUAAUUUUAUUAAAUUUUAAACAGUUCCUAGACAUAAAUUAAAUUUAUCUUCACUUCUAAUUUUUGAAGCUUGAAUCCUUUAAUUUUUGAGAUACAAAAUUUAACACUUCUGCGAACGAGUAAAAAUUUUGCUCGCUCACGAUAUGGAGUUAGAAAACUUAUUAGCGCUUAAUAAGCAGCUUAGAGAGUUUACACAAGGGAAAGACAGAUACUGGAUUUUCGAAGGCUCAUUUGAUGAGAGCAGAGGUCUAGAUUUGACUUUUGAGGAAAGGAAUUACUAUAAAAGGGUUGGUCUCAGAGAAAUACAGGAUUUAGCCAUAGAAAUGGGAUGCAACUAUGUCAAAGACUUAGAAGCCUCAAGAGUGUACUCAAUCAAAGGUCAGCAAGAUCCAAACGUUGAAAAAGCAAUUAAAAGGUUGGUAUUUGUUGACACGCUUAGACAGAGAAUUAUGCUUGAAAAAUACUUUGAGAUUCCUGGCUAUAACUGUAGAGGAUAUGUAAUCAACAGACUACACUCUUUAGAGAGUUCCCCAGGCUUAAGUGGAUAUUCAGCUAAUUCAGGAGGGUCCUAUCAGGGUGAUUCAUGAACUGCGAAAAGGCCUACAGAUGCGCAUAUACUAUCGCAUGCAUUUUUUAGGAUGCUAAAUAAUGCAAACAAUCCAACUGCAGAUCCAGAAUUUAACAUGAUGAAUGACAUCAUAAUAAAUUACCCAAGCACCCCUCCUCGCUACGAGCAGCCUCAAAAAGUGAUUUUUUAUCAAAAAAAUCCUGAUAGCAUAAUUGAACCUCAUUUUGAAGUUAUUUCUGGAAGUGAAAUUUGGUCGACAUAUAGAGGAAAUGAAAAUUUGUUCUGUGCAAUAGCAUUAUUUUUCCUCCAUGUAAAAAGCAAGAGCCAAGGAUAUUUCUAUCAAAUGGAUUGUCACGAAUUCUUUAACUUAAUUUCUUAG